UAUAAAGUCUGAAUUAAUUCUUUGAGGCAUUAAUAAUUUCUGAAUGGAGGCCAGCGCUCCCGAAUUGCCAAUGGAAGUGGCACAUGGGCUCCCCAUGAUCAGUGUCGUAGAGGAUAGCUUCUGUGUCACUUACCCAACAGAAAUAACAGUGAACAAGAAAUACCGCGGUUUCUUCUUAAACCAACGAUACGAGGUGUUGGAUCUUAAUGGUAAUCUCUUGCUUCAAGUUGAUGGCUCAAGCUUAGACGUUAGGAAGAAGAGGGUCAUGCGUGAUGCUACUGGUUCCCUUAUACUUACAAUGCGUCAGAAGAUUAAGGUGGUAACACUGCGGCAUCGAUGGGUGGUUUAUAGAGGCGGAAUGUCGGAGGAGAAGGAUGUGAUUUUUGGGGUUGAAAGAUCGCACCCUCUUGACAUGAAACCACGGCUUGAAGUGUUCAUGGCCACCAACAUCAAUGAACAUAUCAGCAGCUUUCAACUUGUUGGGAGCCACAUUGACAAGUCUUGCAAAGUUUACAAAGGAGACACCAUGAUUGCAGAGGUAAUUGAUGUAUACCCAAGGAGCAACUUCAGCAAAUGGACAGAAAGCUUUAGGGUGAAAUUAAAUGCAGGGGUGGAUUUUGCUUUCAUUGUUGCGUUGCUUGUAAUACUCACCGUAAAUGAUUACAUAUAACUCUCAUCUCCCUCCUGGACAAGGCUUAUACUACUAAAAACAUCAUAUAUAAAAGAAUACAACAUACCAGAAUAAAACCAUUGAUUCUAUUGUUUGAAUAUUACAAUGAAACGCAAUAAAACUCUCAUUCCUUCUUAUUCAUCUAAAUUGAGAAGAAAAAGAGGAAGAAAUAAACAAUAAACAAUAAAUUAGAUUGGAAUAGCGCCAUUAUAUUUUCAUUGUAUUCCAUUUUCAUUUUAUUAAUAUAAACAAUAAAAACAAUACAAUUAAUGUUUUUCCUUUCCAUUUCAUCCUCUUUCGG